AUGACCACUUUAUCUCUGUGCCUCCUCCCAGGAGCAUUAUCUCGAUUCCAGGAUGCUCUAGUAUGCCUGGCAAAAAAUGGUGAAACAGUGGGCAUUGAGGCCGAGUAUGAUCUGCUUCGCCUGAGUUCGCUCAACUCAAGCAAGACGGCAUAUUCGUCCUUUGUAUUUGAUCCCGAGAAAUUCUUUGAGAAUUACGAGUUUUCAGUCAGCUCCCGGUCAUCAAAUACCAGAAAGUUCAGCUGUCAAGUAUACUUGAAGGCUCUGCUCUCGGUAUUUCCUGGAAGAAACAAUCGGCGGGAUAAAGAUACCGCGGUUGAGCGUUGCGAGAUUGAGGUCCGUGAGCAUCCAGACGAGACGGAGUGCCGGAUUGUCAUUCGGAUGAUAUGUGGUCUUGGCGUGAUCAAAUCCUACAAGCUGACAUACGAGUCCACCUCGAUUCAUCACGCUGUUUUCGACCGGUCACAAGCGAUUAAUGAAUGGAGUAUCGACCCGUUAUUCCUGAAAGAGAUCACAACCCAUUUCAGCCCAUCGGCCGAACAGCUAGACAUCUAUGCGGAAAACAACAAGGUGAUCUUCACUAGCUUCACUACCAAGAUUACCGACGGGAAUGACACACUUAGACAGCCGGUGCACACAUCGGUCGCCAUCGACAAGACGGACUUUGAACAUUUCCUAGCCGAUGAUGGAGUCCACGUCGCUAUUAGCCUGAAGGAUUUCAAGGCAGUGAUAUCCCACGCCGAAACUUCCAGGGUCAUGAUCACCGCCCGAUACGCCCGUCCUUGCCGACCCUUACAGCUUGCCUACAAUUUCGAGGGCAUUCGAACAGAGUUCACCUUAAUGACAACAGGCGAAGCAGGCCCGGAGGACCUACCGAGUUCCUCUAGGCCUGUACCGCAACUGUCGGCCAGACAAACGCCCGCACCCAUACAAGUUAGUCAACCAAGUAACCCAGCAAACGCCAGACAGAUAGCUCCUCCUCGUAACAGGCCCAUUCGUCCUCUCACCGGGACAUCCUCCCGAGGUACAGCAGAGAGUACACAGGCCACAACACAGCCGCAGCCGUCGACCAAGUUUGAUAGUCUUUUUGUGCCGGCGGACGACGAUAGACAAUGGGACGUGCCCGAGGACGAGGAACCCGAGGCUGAGGAUAUGCUCGGUUGGGACGCGACUGCAGACCCGGAUAACCCCGAGAGUUUGGGGCCGCUUUUGCGGGAUAGUGAACCCGCUCUAAGAGAUCACGACCAGAUGGACCUGAGCCAUCAAGACGACAUGGGGAUUCCUCCAACACAACGCAUGUCACAGCUCCACGGACUCGGGCUCUUCGACUGA